GCUUCCGGUUUUAUCUUGUUGCUUGGUGCGCGUAAACACAGGUUUUCUACUGAAAAUUUUGUUAAUAUUAAGUUAGUAUUUAUACAUAAAAUUGUUCAUGCCGUAAAAAACAGAAACAACUAAAAGUAAACAAUGGCUACGGGUCAUAUUCUCCCGGGCUAUGGAAACCCUGUUACUAAUUUGAGAAGGGCAAAAACUGCAACUUUGCCUCUUGACAAGGCUAAACUGAGGGAGUUUGCAUUGUACAAUAAUCCAGGUCCAGAUCAAAAUGAAUUGUUGAAUAUCAGAAAUGAAGCAACUCGUAUUUGGUCAGCUCAAGCACGCCAUCCAACAACUUACAAUUCACACUUUGAAGGGAAAUUCUUAGAUGAAGCAACACAAUCACGUCCUUCAUCCAGAUGUCGACGAAACAAGCCACAUCCACGUCAAGUGUUCCUGACCAAUAGACUUCACUAUAUACCAGGGUAUCACAAUCCAGAUGCUUCAAUGAAUAAAGAUGUUUACAGAGUUGAUGCUCUCAUGCCAUAUGAAGAUCAAAUGGACAGAAGGCAGAUCAGACAAAAGUUUGUAGCUAGACAAAGUUCACCAGCUAUGAACCAGUAUAAAGACCCAAUGGGUGUAAGGGAAGAGUUUGAACCAGAAGAUGUGUCUGCUGCAGAGGCUUGGAUGAAAGUGGCUGAUGAUAAAACCAGGGAAGAGAAAGACAAACUCAUAAAUGCAUUGGAAGACCUCAAAAGAGAAACCAAAGUUGACCCACCAACAUGGACUGAUCGAGUAGAGACUUCACCAAUGCCUGCAGUAACAUCAGCAGUUAUACCUCAACCUUCACUUCAUAGAUGGAUGAAAUUUGCUGGUACUAAUGUAAAUGCAAAAGUUACUGAAAACGCCAAUCUUCAAAGAGUUUUACAGCAAAUAAGAAGUGAGAAAAUGAUGGGAAGUCCUUCAUCGUCUAGAGUUGGCAGUAAUACAUCAUUACGACAAAGACGGAUGCAUGAUAUGAUUUCAAUGAGAAAAGCCGUCAAUCCAACAUUAACUCGUGGAGAAUUCCAAAUGCAUCCUGAAUGGCCUCCUUCUAUACCUCAUCAUUGGUUUCCAUAGUAACAUACAUUUUAGAUUAGUUUCAUGUAUUAAUUAUGCAGAUUUUAAAUUUCAUAUGCAAUUUUUUUGAAAUUCUACAGUUGUUACUUACAAAGUUGUUAAGACAGAUUUUGUUAUCGAUUUAUUUUCUCUAAGUCAUUUUGAUAUUUUUAAUUAGUUGACUCAGUCAUAUAAAAAUUGGUUUGAAUCUUUGAUGUGACUAUAUAUAUAUUUACAUACAAGUCUAAAUUGAAAACAACAUUCACACCUGUGAUUGCGUUGGAUAAAAACCACAAUUUUUAUAUGUGUGCAUGCAAAACAAAUUUCUUGGUAGAGGGGUCUUUAGAGCACAAACAACAUAUAUAUAUGUGUGUGUGAGGUCUUUUAACAUUAGUUCUAAGAUAACCACAACUUAUUGUUAAGUUGAAAAUAAAUAGAUUUGGUAUUAAAAUGUAUAGAAAUAGGAUAAGCACAACAUGAUAGCCAAUGAAAAUCAUGCAAACUAAGGUUUUAGGUUAAAAAAAAACCAGUAAUAUGCAAUCAGCCUGAAAAAGCAGUUUGCUUCAUAUGUUUUUAUUUUGGAAUAAAUAAUGUGAAUUUUAUCAGUGUAUCUGAAGAAAUUAUUAUGUUUUACAAAUAUUACACAUUAUUGGAAGAAUGUUUUUCUCUGUUAUUUGGGUUUUAGUGCCUUAUUAUUUAUUUGCCAAAAGUUCUGAAAAUAAGUUCUUUGUAAUUAUUUUUGUUUUAUAUUUUUGAGGUUUUGUACUUG